UUCGGAAUUCUGUCCACAGAACACUAAUACUCCUAACGGAUUCUGUCUGAGUGAGAGUGAGACAAAAAAUAAAAAUUAUGUUGUAGAAAAAUCAAAUAAGUGAAAUUUCUAUGCAAUUUAUGUAAAUAUUAGUAGAUGAAUUGAUACGAUUUCAAAAUAAAUAAUAAAUUUAAAUUAACAUCGUGGAAUAUGGUGUGUUUAAAUAAAUAAUCGUCGAUUUAAAGUCGUUUCUUUCAGUGCAAUCUUAGCCUCUUUCGAAUCUUGAUUCAAUAUGGCUGACGCCGGAUUGAGUUUGUCAAAAGCAGUUGUUUACGGCGGCGUAUACAGGGUUUACACUUACAGUACUUUUGAAUGUUUGGUUAAACGGAUUGUAUUCAAGGCUUUGUCGUUUAACAGAUAUUAAAAUCUAAUUUAAUUUACAUUUGAAAAACAGUUAUAAAUAAGACAAAAAACAAAUAGUAAAUAAAAAUAAAUUAUAAUUACCACAUUCCGCCUAGUGCAGUGAUCUCUUAGCGCACGGUAAAGUUGACUUGUGGGAGUGUGCCUGGGGCGCCGGCCCGGAGUGCGCAUGAAGCUGUGACCAGUGCUGGGAUUGCAGCUGCAGUGCACACAGAGCAUGGGAGCCGGUUUCGCCCGCAAUGUUGCAGCAUGAGUGCCCGCAAUGAGCCCGCCUCGCCCUUCGAAGUCAUUUCUACGCUGCCACUCAUGGGCGUGGGACGCGGCGGCGCGGGCGCGGGCGCGGCGGGCGAGCGCGACGAGCCGCCGCGCAAGCGCGCCAAGCCGCCCGACGACGCGGCGGCGCUGCGCCAGCGCGUGCUGGAGCACAAGCUGCUGCGCCUGAAGACGCUGCGCGAGCGCGUCACGGAGCAGCUCAGCGAGCUGUACUUCCUGCAGGCGGGCGGCAGCAUGACGGACUACGCGGCGUGGCGCAAGCGGCCGCCCGCGCCGCCGCUGGCCGCCUUCCUGGAGGCGCGCCGCCCGCCGCCGCCGCCGCCGCCCGCCGCGCCCGACGAGGCGCUGCAGCAGGCGCGCCAGGAGGCGCACGUGGCGGCGCGCGUGUCCGAGCUGGCGCGCGCCGGCCUGUGGGCGGAGCGCCGCCUGCCGCGCGUGCUGGAGCCGCCGCGCGCCAAGGCGCACUGGGACUACCUGCUGGAGGAGAUGGCGUGGCUGGCGCAGGACUUCGCGCACGAGCGCAAGUGGAAGAAGCAGGCCGCCAAGAAGUGCGCGCGCGCCGUGCAGAAGCACUUCCAGGAGCGCGCGGCGGCGGCGCAGAAGGCGGAGAAGGCGCAGGAGCUGCAGCUGCGCCGCGUGGCCGCCUUCGCCGCCAAGGAGGUGCGCACCUUCUGGGGCAACGUGGAGAAGCUGGUGGAGUGGAAGCGCGUGCGGCGCGUGGAGCGCGCGCGCAAGGAGGCGCUGGACGAACAGCUCAGCUACAUCGUGGACCGCACGGAGCGCUACUCGCGCCAGCUGGCCGCCAACCUGGCGCCGGCCGCGCCGCGCGACGACGACGCCGAGUUCGAGCCGCGCACCGACUCGGACGACGACGAGGAGACCAUCGCGGCGGCCGAGCGCGAGCGCGACGCGGACGCCGAGCGCGACGAGCUGGAGGCGCUGCGGCGCGAGUCGGCGCUGGCGCUGGGCGAGCUGCUGCCGGCCGGCUACGUGCCGGCGCACUCGCCGCCGCCCUCGGACUACGGGCCCGACUCGGACUCGGCCGACGACGAGCACAGCAUCGCGCGCCAGGAGCGCCGCGAGCGUCCCGGCGCCGCGCGCCAGGAGCUGCGGGCGCUGCGCCGCGACGCCGACCUCGACCUGGAGCAGCUGCGGCGCCGGUACGCGGCCCGCGCGCCCUCCGACGCCGAGUCCGAGGCGUCCGACGCGUCGUGCUCGUCCGCGGGCUCGUCCGCGUGCUCGUCCGCGUCGUCCGCGUCGUCGGCGGCUUCCGCGGCGUCGGCGCGGCUCGAGGCGCUGGUGACGGAGGCGGGCGCGGGCGCGGAGGCGGGCGCGGACGGCGGCUCGGCGCGCGUGGAGGCGGCGGCGUCGCUGGCGGCGUCGCUGCAGCCCACGGGCACCACGCUGUCGGACACGGUGGUGGGCACGCCGGUGCCGCGCCUGCUGCGCCACGCGCUGCGCGAGUACCAGCACGUGGGGCUGCACUGGCUGGCCACCAUGCACGCGCGCCGCCUCAACGGCAUCCUGGCCGACGAGAUGGGGCUCGGCAAGACCAUCCAGAGCAUCGCGCUGCUGGCGCACCUGGCGCUGGAGCGGCGCGACUGGGGCCCGCACCUGGUGGUUGCGCCCACGUCCGUGGUGCUCAACUGGGAGAUCGAGUUCAAGAAGUGGUGCCCCGCCUUCAAGGUGCUGACGUACUACGGCACCAUCAAGGAGCGCAAGCUCAAGCGCGUCGGCUGGACCAAGGCCAACUCCUUCCACGUCUGCAUCACCUCGUACAAGCUGGUGGUGCAGGACCACCAGAGCUUCCGCCGCAAGAAGUGGAAGUACCUCAUCCUGGACGAGGCGCAGAACAUCAAGAACUUCAAGUCGCAGCGCUGGCGCACGCUGCUCAACUUCCAGACGGAGCGGCGCCUGCUGCUCACCGGCACGCCGCUGCAGAACAGCCUGCUGGAGCUGUGGUCGCUCAUGCACUUCCUCAUGCCCGACGUGUUCGCCUCGCACUCCGAGUUCCGCGAGUGGUUCGCGCCCGUGGCCGGGCUGGCGGCCGGCGCGGCGGCGCGCGAGGCCGAGGCGCGCCUGCUGCGCCGCCUGCACGGCGUGCUGCGCCCCUUCCUGCUGCGCCGGCUCAAGGCCGACGUGGAGCGCCAGAUGCCGCGCAAGUUCGAGCACGUGCUGCUGUGCCGGCUCGCCAAGCGCCAGCGCGCGCUCUACGACGACUACAUGGCGCGCGGGCCCACGCGCGACAGCCUGGCCUCCGGCAACCUGCUCAGCGUCAUCAACGUGCUCAUGCAGCUGCGCAAGGUGUGCAACCACCCCGACCUGUUCGAGCCGCGCCCCGUGCAGGCGCCGCUGCAGCUGCCGCCGCUGGCGCUGCGCGUGCCGGCGCGCGCGCUGCUGCCCGGCGUGGCGGCGCGCGCGGCCCGCGCGGCGCGCCUGGGCGGCGACCUGGCCUCGCUGGAGGCGGCCGGCGCGCACGCCUUCGCCGCGCACCGCGCGCGCCACCUGGCGCCGCCGCGCCGCCUGGCCGAGCUGCCGCCCGCCGCGCCGCCGCCGCGCCCGCCGCCCGCGCGCCUGCGCCUGCACCUGCGCCUGGUGCCGCGCGCGCCGCCCGCCGCCGCGCCCGCGCCCGCGCCCUCGCCCGCCGCCGCCGCGCGCGCGCCCGCCGCCGCGCCCCCGCCCGCCGCGCGCGCCGCCGCCCGCCUGCAGGCGCACGCGCGGCACUGCGCGCGGCGCGCCGCCGCCGUGAACGAGCGGCGCUGCUGGCGCCUGCCGCUGUGGGGCGCCGACCUGCGCGCGGCGCUGUGGGCGGGCGAGCCGCGCGUGCCGCCCAAGCCGCUGGCCGCGCUGCGCGACGAGAUGCUCGACGUCAUCGACAGGUUCGGCGUGUGCUGGAGCGCGUGCCGCGCCGCCGCGCCGCAGCUGGUGGCGGGCGCGGGCGGCGGCGCGCGCGACUGGCGGCGGCGCGCGGCGGCGGCCGAGGCGGCGGCGGCGGGCGCGGCGCGCGGCGCGCUGGCGCUGCUGCACGCGGCGGCGGCGCGCCAGGCCGUGGCCUUCCCGCACCCGCGCCUGCUGCAGUACGACUGCGGCAAGCUGCAGACGCUGGCCGCGCUGCUGCGCCGGCUCAAGGCGGGCGGCCACCGCGUGCUCAUCUUCACGCAGAUGACGCGCGUGCUGGACGUGCUGGAGGCCUUCCUCAGCCUGCACGGCCACGCCUACCUGCGGCUGGACGGCGCCACGCGCGUGGAGGCGCGCCAGCCGCUCGUGGACCGCUUCAACGCCGACGCGCGCGUGUUCGCCUUCCUCCUGUCCACGCGCAGCGGCGGCGUGGGGCUCAACCUCACGGGCGCCGACUGCGUCGUGUUCUACGACUCGGACUGGAACCCCACCAUGGACGCGCAGGCGCAGGACCGCUGCCACCGCAUCGGCCAGACGCGCGACGUGCACGUGUUCCGCCUCGUCACCGCCGCCACCGUGGAGGAGAACAUCCUGCGCAAGGCGCAGCAGAAGCGCGCGCUCGGCGCGCUGGCCAUCGACCGCGGCCAGUUCACGCCCGCGCGCCUGGCCGCCGCCGGCGUGGCCGCGCUGCUGGGCGAGCGCGCGCCCUCCGCGCCGCCCGCGCCCGACGAGCUGGAGCGCGCGCUGGCCGCCGCCGAGGACGAGGCCGACGCGGCGGCGGCGCGCGCGGCCCGCGCCGAGGCGCAGGGCGAGCUGGCCGAGUUCGACGAGACGCUGCCCAUGGACGACGCGGACGCGCCCGCCGCCGCCGACGCCCGCGCCGCGCCCGACGCGCCCGCCGCGCCCGCCGCGCCCGACGCGCCCGCGGCCCCCGCGCCCGACGCGCCCGACGCGUCCGCCGGCGAGUUCGCCGCGCUCAUGAAACAGCUGACGCCCGUGGAGCAGUACGCCAUGCGCCUGCUGGAGAGCAGCGAGGCGGCCGGCGAGGCGGAGCGCGCCGCGCUGGCCGACGUGCGGCGCCGCCUGCGCGACUGGGAGCAGGCGCGCGCCGCGCUGCGCGAGCGCACCGAGCCCGAGCCAGACCCCGAGCCCGAGCCCGAGCUCACCUACUGCCGCGACGACGCGCGCGUCAAGGUGUGGCGCAGCGGCGGCGGCGAGCGUAUGCCGCUGUGGGCGCCGCCCACGCCGCCCGCCGCCGACGGCGACGUGCACUGCGAGCGCUGGGCGCGCGCGCUCUACCGCCGCGGCGCCGCGCCCGACGCGCUGCUGCCGCCCUGCCGCUGGCCGCGCGCCCGCCCUCCGCGCACCCGCCCCGCGCCGCGCGCCGCGCCCGCGCCGCCCUCGCUGUUCGAGCGCGCCGGCCCGCGCCCGCGCGCGCGCGCCCGCCCGCCGCCCGCGCGCGAGCCGCCCGCGCCGCCGCCCGACUGGGCGCCCGCCGAGGACGCCGCGCUGCGCCGCGCGCUGCGCCUGCAGCGCCUGCCCGCCGAGCCGCCCGCCGCGCUCGCGCCCAACUGGGACUGGCUCGCCGACCUGGUGGCCGACGCCGCGCGCGCCUACCGCUCGCCGCGCGCCUGCCGCGAGCGCCACGACGCGCUGGCCGACCCCGAGCGCGCGCGCCGCAAGCACCGCAAGCCGCCGCCGCCGCGCCGCCGCGCGCCCGACGACGCGCCGCGCCCGCCGCUGCCGCGCCUCGACGCCAUGCGCGACGCGGCCGAGCGCCGCCGCGCCGCGCCCAAGCGCCGCCCGGACGACGCCGCCGCCGCCGCCGCGCGCAACCCCAAGCACGCCGCGCUGCUGCACGAGCAUGGCGUGGACUACGACGCGCCGCCCUCGCCCGUCGAGGUGGCCACGCGCCGCGCCGAGCGCAUCGCCAAGGAGAAACUGAAGGCGGCCGGCGCCGCGCCAGCGCCCGCGCCCGCGCCCGCAGCCGCGCCCGCGCCCGCCGCCGCGCCCGCCCCCGCGCCGCGCGUCGUGGUGGCGGCGGGCGAGGCGGCGCGGCGCGCGCGCUCCGACGCUCCGCGCGCGCCGGCGCCGCAGCCCGCGCAGCUGGUGUACCGACAGCAGACGCUGCCGUCGCGGCACCACCUCAAGAUCCUGCACCACGCGGCGCCGCCGCAGGGCCAGGAGCCCGCGCUGCGCACGCUUCAGCUGCAGCAACUGGCGCUGCGCCGCACGCGCGCCGCGCCGCCGCCCGCGCACGUGGUGCUGGCGCACCUGGCGCACCCGCCGCACGCGCCCGCCGCCGCGCCGCACCCGCCGCACCCGCCGCACCCGCCGCACCCGCCGCACACUGACUCGCCACAAUGACUUGAAAUAUACAAUAUGUACAAUACCA